GAAUGAGAAUUCUGAAGUGUUGCAAUGGGAGUAGUAAAUGAUAGAUAAAUGUACACGCGGGCCUUCACGCGACUGUCGCUGGCACGUAAUAUAGAACAGCUUUACUGGCCCGAGAGAGCCUCGAAGACCGCUUCCUCAUCUAAACCGAGUGUCCGGUCGAGCAGCUGUUGAAUUGCAAGAGGAUAUAAAUUAUAAUGAAGGAGUUGAGGGUUUGUGCAGUGAAGAUGUUCUGGAGGCCUGAAGCUGAAGGCGCAGUUGCAGCGGAUGCAGUCAUGGUACCGGAGGUAACUUGAACUUUUGCAGUGCCAAUCACGCGCACUGCGCCUGCGCGCGCAAUCUCUCACCGUCCAGACCUUCGUAGUAAGCCUACUAGCUGAAGGCUGUUCCUUGACAAUGACGAGAAACACACGCAGAGGGCCCAUUUUUUCGAUUCUGCUCUUGUCUCCAAUCCUAUUCUACAUCCCUUGGCUCACUUACCGCCACCAUUCUACUUUACCUGAUCCGUUAACGCAGCUUGUUGAUCCCGAAACGAACUUACCUCAGCUAUCUGAGGCUCGAGUACUAAGCAUAGCAAAGUAUCUAUCGGAGGAUAUUGGAUUUAGAACACCGGGAACAUUAGAGCAUGCACGAGGAGAACAGUGGUUCUUCCAACAGGUCCUUGACGCGCAGAAAGAAUGUCAACGUGUUGCGGAAUCGAGCGGGAGGAAGUUGGAAUGUGAAGUUUGGUUGCAGCGGGGAAAUGGUUCUCAUAGGUUCGACAUGAUGGGUGCACGCUUGUACAAGACCUACGUCAACCUCAGUAAUAUCAUUGUCCGAAUAUCUAAUGGUACACCGGAGGGCAAGGAACACGCUGUGUUGGUGAAUUCACAUCUAGACAGCACGUUGCCAACGCCAGGGGCUGCAGACGAUGCUGUGUCCGUCGGGAUAAUGCUAGAGUGUAUGAGGGUCCUUGUUGAAACGCCGGGUUGGAGCCCAGAGCAUGCUGUUAUCCUUCUUUGGAACAAUGCAGAAGAGUCGCUACAAGACGGUUCCCACCUAUUUUCAACCCAACAUCCUAUUGCACCCACAGUUCGAGCUGUCAUCAACUUGGAAGCCGCUGGAACUAAAGGUAAGGACCUGCUGUUCCAAGCAACGUCAGAACAAAUGAUACAAGCAUAUUCACAUGUUCCGAGGCCCCAUGGAACGAUAGUCGCCAACGAUGUCUUCGGUUCUGGUGUAAUCUUAUCAGAUACAGACUUUCGUCAAUUCCAACAAUAUUUGAACGUUACCGGUUUAGAUAUUGCCAUCGUAAAAAACAGCUACCUCUACCACAUGCGCAAGGAUCUGGUGGAGAACAUUGAACCAGGAGCUACUCAGCAUAUGGGAGAGAACGCUCUCGCCCUUCUCCGACAUCUGUCUUCCGAUACUUCACAACUACCUUCACUUACAGGCGGAUACACUAAACCGACGACCGUAUACGUUUCAGCGUUCGGUCGAUUCCUGUUAUACUCGUUCACCACAGCCAAGAUUAUCUACACUCUGCUAUUCUUCGCAUCUAUUCUCCUGGUCAAAACUGCUAUCCCUUCCGUGGAAAAGGUGGCCAAAGACCCUUCGAGGUCGAUUCGAAGGGGGUUUUUCUCUGCGCUAUCGGGUCUUCUGGGCAGCAUUGUGCUGGCGAAUGUCGUCGCAGUUAUAAUGGCUCAAAUCCUAGGGAAGAAGAUGAGUUGGUUUUCGAGCGAAUAUUCUACUAUGGUACUCUAUGGUCCACCAGCCGUCCUGGGUGCUCUGCUUCCCCAGCUUUACAUCGGGGAGGUCGAGGAGGCUAUGGUCUAUUCUGCGAUUCUUCUGAUGCAGACUGGGGUGGCAGUUGUAGUACAGUUUCUAGGUGUGGGGUCCGCUUGCCUCCUCUUCCUUUUGGGCCUAUCCGUGUUUGGAGGCUUGUUGGUGAACUACGUUAUUGGAGGCUCAAACCAGCGCGAAAUGUCGUUGUGGACUUACGCAGUAGGCCAAGUGUUUCCUUUGGCGGUUGGUACAAUGUGCGCCUACCCAAUCCUUGAUGUGUUUGUACCACUGGCUGGUCGUUUGGGAACUGAUGCACCGACCGAUAAUAUAAUGGCGACCAUUGUGUCAGUUCUAGGAGCGAUAUCAUUCCCUCUCAUUCCGCCCUUUAUCCGCCGUUUCGAUCGAAGUGUUCUCGUGCGGAGCGUCAGUCUUCUGAGCAUCGUCACGGCGAUAACUAUAGCCGUCUUUGCCGCUCGAGACCCUUACGAUUCAAUGCACCAGAAAAGAAUAUACAUACUGCGUACCGAGAAUAUUACUACGGGUGAACAUCAUCUCCACAUAUCCACAUCAGAUGGUGGACCGAAAUUCCCCGAGCUCGUACAGGACAUCGCGAAAGAAUUUGGCGUACCACCUGAAAUACAUGAAAAUGGUGAUAUUGAGGUCUUCGUACCAAAGGCUAUUGUAAUGAACGAAUAUAACUCGGAUUGGGAUCCGAUGUAUCCCUUCUCGGCGUUCUUAUUACCUUUCAAGAUUCCACUUCCGGUGGAACCCAGUUAUGUGUCACCAUGGUCCACGCCGGAAAUGAAGUUCGCCAUUACUGCUGUUAAUGAUAUGAUAGACCGGGAGGCUGGGACACGGUCAUUAAAACUUCAAGUGGAACAUCCGGGGCUUAUUUGGACAGUCAUUGCUUUUGACGCCCACGUCCUCAAGUGGAAUUUGGACGAUAACCCUCCAGACGAAUACACGCGACACCACGUCAGAGAGGCCUCUUUCUAUGGAACCGACACCUGGAGUAUCGAUCUGGUUGUCAAAGUAGAACCAGGUUCCACAGGAAGCCUCCUGGUUAACUUCAUAGGGCUGCAGGAACAAGGAAUGUGGCCUGGGAAGAAGGCGCUCAUGUCUCAAGGAAAUCCGGGAUUAGCGUUACGGUUGUUUGAGAGGCUGGAUUCGUGGAUGGACAGAAGACUGGACGGGAAAGCGGAUGUAUUGUUGUUGGGAUGUGUGGCAGGAAUCGAGAGGAUCUGAAUAUGAUGUUUUGCUCUUAUGUGAGGCGCAGUUUUCGUAUUUGCGAAAACAAUUGCCAGUUGGAACGGACUUACAAAUAUUUACAACGUUGACUGGUACUGUCAUUUUUUGAUACCUAUGUGAACAAAUGAUACCGAAACUUUACUG